AUGCGAAGGUGUACCGAUUCAGAAUUUACCCUCAGCUGGGAACCUCUUGUGGCCAGGAUGGGUAAUUCGAUGGAAGUGUCGCAAGGUUCUCUGUAGGAUCGACUCCAAGAGGUGUUCUCAGGACUGACACACAUUGUGUCCUUGGGAAAAUAUCCAGUAAGAAAAAGUGUGCACCCAAGGAGAUUCGAACCAGUAUCCUGCCGCUGACGCCAUAUGUUUAAAGGAAUGCCCGCCCGACGGUGGCUUGCCUCCUAGAUGUAGAAGAUGUAGAUUUUGCCGUAGACACUCUUGUCCAUGAGCACGUUGAGAUGGGAAGGUUGCUUGUUAUUGCAGAAGCGGGUCUGCUACAUGUCUGAGGUGGCAAGGAAGUAGGAACAGGGGGUGGCAGUGUCGGGGGUCUGGGGGAACAUGGGCUUGGGUGGGGGGUGCCUCAGAAAGAGCAAGACGGCGGGUGUUUCUCUCUUGGUGUGACCGGUGGCAGUAUCGAUCAGCAAUGCCCCAUAGACUUUUUUUGCGCGCCCGAAAAUGCGUGCGGCAGCUUUAACCAAACCACUUCGGUGGAAAGCGGAUUUCUGUUCGAUACAGUGUCGGGAGUGCCGUGGGGGGAGGGCUUGGCCCUUGUGGUUGCAAGUGGCAAGGAAGUAGGAAAAGAGGGUGGCAGUGUCGGGGGUCUGGGGGAACAUGGGCUUGAGUGGGGGGUGCCUCAGAAAGAGCAAGACGGCGGAUGUUUCUCUCUUGGUGUGACCGGUGGCAGUAUCGAUCAGCAAUGCUGCACAGACUUUUGCGCGCCGAAAUAUGCGUGCGACAGCUUUAACCUAACCACUUCGUUCGGUGGAAAGCGGAUUUCUGUUCGAUACGGUGUCAGGGGUACCAGGGACGACGGGGCAGAGUUUGUUUGAUUAUCAUUUCGGGUGGAUGAGAUUGGGGUUUUGUCCGUUUUUCUCCAUCUAAGAUUCGUGCCUAGAGUUCAGCUGUAUGUAGUGUUUCAACCAAAGUUUUGUUGACUUAGAGGCAAACAUUCCUAGCUAUUGGGCAUCGAGUAAAUUUGGCUUGGCGUGACGGCCUUUCUUUACGAUCGACUUUUUACGUAUGUCUGCAUUUAUCUGCAAUUGUCGGAGGGCAAACAA